AUCAAACACAGAAAUAAUCAUGCGCGCGAUAAGUUGCUUGCUCGCGUUCGCAGUCCUUGUUGCUUAUAGGUCUGUUGAAGCGCUCUCUUGGUCUCAACAUCACCAGAAUCGUCGCUCGCUACAAAGCAGUGAUCUAUUAGAGCAAGCGACCCUGCGACCCGCAACAGACGGCAGGAGUAUCCCCAUCACAUCGCCAGUGCCUCUUGAUACCUCGCUAUGGGGCACAACGAGCGUGAUGGGCCGGAAGCUACUGGAGACGGAGUACGGCGUCUACAAGGAGCUGCUGCACUACCUACAGGAGAUGGAGAAGACCCCGGCUGUGGACUGCAACGAGGCGGUGAAGAAGCAGGCGCUGCCCACAUCGGCCGCCCUUGGACUGGCGCCCUGGGACCUGAUGCACGAGCUGGAGACAAUCCCGGCGCGCAUCAAGUUCCUCAACGACCUUUACCGGGAUGUGUGCACAAACGCCUCGGGCGUGCCUGGCCCAGGCAUGCAGGUCAAGGUGGCUGCCUUCACGGUGUGGAACGGCAACCUGUGGGGCCUGCGCCGCAGCCUGCUGCCCUGGAUGCAGUACCACACGCAGCUGGGCGUGUGCAAGUUCUAUGUGGCCUUCCAGGGCCGUGACGAGGCCACGUACCGGGCGCUGCUGCAGCUGGCGCCGCUGCUGGACAUGGUGCUGAUCAGCAAGCCCUUCGCCACGACCGCGGAGAACAAGGCCUGGCUGGAGCACGCGGCGCGGGACGACUGGGGCCGCCGCCCCGGCAACUGGCGGCUCAUGAGCAAGCAGGGCUACUGCGGUAACAUCGCGUUCGAGCGCGCGCGGCGCGACGGCAUGAACUGGAUGGCGCACAUCGACGCCGACGAGCUGCUCAUACCCUCCGUCAGCCUGGCCGCGGAGUUGGCCGCCGCGCCCGCCUGGGCCGGAUACCUCAAGAUGCACAACCACGAGGCGGUCAUUGAGAGCUUCGAGGUGGUGAACAAGUACGAGGAGGUCACGCUGUUCAAGACGCACGACCAAACGCUGCCCAACCGCACCAGCGACAUCCAGUGGCGCUUCCGGCUGGGCACCUACGGCACAUUCUACCAGGUGUACUACAACGGCAAGUCCAUCGGGCGGGUGGACCGCGGCCACAUCCACAUGUGGGGCCCACACGACUUCCUGGGGCCCAGGGACGACAGGUGGAAGGACCCGGUUCACAACCCCGAGGGCGAGUGGAAGAUGGCGGUGGCCAACUUCAGCCUGCUGCACAUCAGCUACACCUCCUGGCACGACCUGAUGGGCAAGGCGCGCAUCUCCUGCCCCAACGAGUACCGAGAAGCGGCCAAGGCCGGCAACGUCACAAAGGUCAAGGAGUGUUUCUGCCUGGACUUCGACCUGCACGCCUACAUGGCGGCCACCAAGGGCGAGGACGCGGCGCGGGAGCACUGGGUGCGCGAGUCGUUGCUCAGCGAGGGAGCCGUGCGCAAGGACGGCACAAAAUGCCACGUGUACAAGGAUGUGGACCGGCUGAAGCAGCUGCUGGUGCGGGACCGCAUCUACAGCCGCGUCACGGGGCCGCAGCAGCUGUUGCGAGCGCAGGAGCUGGCCAUCCGCCACAUCGCGGCCGGCAUGGGCAUCAAACUGCCGCCGCUGGGCGGGCAGGUGGCGGCGGGCGGCGGCGGCCUGACCACGGCGGCGGCGGGCGCGGCGGCGGCGGCGGCCGCAGCGGCGGCGGUCAAGCCGCUGCCCGUAGGCGUGGCGGCGGCGGGGACAGGCGGGGCGGUGGCGGGCGGGGCGGGGACCGGCGGGGCGGCGGCAGGCGGGGCGGCGGCGGCGGCGGGGGCUGGGACGGGGACGGGGUUAGCUGGCGGAGGGAUGGGCACGGGGGCGACCACGGUGACCACUGCUACCACGGCGGCGGCGGCAGCGGGCCUGGGCGGCGCGGGGGCAGGAGCUGGCGGGGCGGCGGCGGGCGCCACGGUUGCGAAGACAUAGGGUGGUGGAUAGCGGGUGUCAUUUGAAAUUUACUUUACGGUUACGCAUUUAGAUUAUCGCCUUUGGACAUAUACUGUUUACAGAGUACGGUAUUGUCAGGGGUGGGCGCCGCUGCGCCGAGGAAGGUUGUUGGAUACUGCGGAUGCCGCUGCAGUCGGAGUGGGUGGCAGGUAGGCUAGUGGUGGGACGCGGUGGAGGGGGGUGGCUGACGCUGACGCAACACUGUCCUGAUGUGCCAGCCUCCAGGGCUCUCCAACGUUGUGCUCGCUGGCUUUCUCGGUUAAGCAUCGUCAAUAUUACACAGUGGGGACAACUCAUGGAGGUGUGUGGGAGGGAAGUGGGUGUUUGGGUUGGGGGCUGUGCGUGUCUGCGUGACCCUUCGAUUCAAUUUUAGCGUAGCAGUGGUCAAGCGGCCCUUGGUGUGAUUACUCGGUAGCUCAGUUCAAGUGAUUGGGUGUUCAUGUUACCUACGCGAGCAACUACGAUGUGACCAUCGUCAUAGCGUAGGUGCGCCGGAGAAGGGCUACUAAGCACACCGUGUCGGUUUGGUUGCGUGCAUACGUGAUCCGGUGGCAGCCUGUGCAAGUGCAGUGGGGCCAAAAGCCUGGGGCGGCGGGGCCCAAGCAUGGAGGGAUACUGGGUAGGUAGGUGUGUGUCCCUGUUGUACUGUCAUGUGUGCGCGCGACCCGGGGAGCUGUAACCUAGCUGUAACCUAGCACUCUU